AUGGGGAAGGAGGCCGGGGACCAGCGCCAGCGCCCGCCCGACGGGGGCGCCGGCGGAGGCGGCGCCGAAGGUAGCAGGCGAUGCGGGUACGGAGGGGCGGUGCGCCUGCAAUGCGUGGCGGCGCUCGUGCUGGGCGCGGCCGUGCUGCUGUCCGCGCUCUUCUGGCUGCCGCCCUUCGCGGGCCGCGCCGGGAGGGGCCCGCCCGCCGCGACGGAUCCCUUCGCCAUCACAGAUGAUAUAGUGGCAAGUUUUAGGCUGCAGAAGAAUGUUUCCGAGCUCAGGGGAAACAUGUCCAAGCUCGUAUUGGACAUCUAUGCGGAAGUCGGCGUCCCUAACUCCAUUGUGGCUGUGGAUUUACUACACCCAUUAGCUGGAUCGAACUGGACAAAUGUCAUCUUCAGCAUUGUGCCUUAUCCAAAGAACUUGACUAUAUCAUCAAUGGGGUUGAGCAUUAUUAGGUCAUCUUUUAUGUCCUUGGUUGUGCGGCAGUCAACACUCCACUUGACCAAGUCCCUGUUUGGGAAUUCAUCAUCCUUUGAAGUGCUUAAAUUCCCUGGAGGAAUAACAAUAAUUCCUCCGCAGCACGCCUUUCCUCCUGAAACACUCCAUGCAACUUUUAAUUUUACUCUGAAUUUCCCAAUCUACAAAGUGCAAGACAGAACUGAUGAAUUAAAGGAUCAAAUGAAGAAAGGGCUACUACUCAAUUCUAAUGAGAAUCUUUAUUUCAAAUUGGGAAAUUUGCAAGGAUCAACAAUUCUUCCUCCAACUAUUGUUGAGACCUACAUUGUUCGUGUUGUUGGGAAUCACCAGCCAUCUGUACCAAGGAUGAAGCAGUUGGCCCAAACAAUUACUAAUUCAUCUAAAGGGAACCUUGGUCUGAACCACACCGUAUUUGGCAGAGUAAAGCAGAUAAGCCUUUCCUCCUAUCUUAAUCGUUCUUUACAUAGCAGGGGCAGUUCUGAUGCACCUAGUCAAGCACCAAUGCAACAUCAUGGUCAUCACGGCCAUCAUCACCAUCACCAUGGUCAUGAAAGCAACAGGCAUUUGGCUCCUGCUCCUAUCCCGAUACAUACACCCAGAUAUGUUGCUCCACCUCCAUCUGGGUGUCCAUACAAGGCAAAGAACAGGGUUCCUGUGACGCCAGCUGCCGAGCCAGUAGCCAAUGAUCACCGUUCUACUCAUCCUGCUGCUUCACCACCUCAUCCAUUAUCACCUUCUUCUGUUCAUCAUCCUCCACGUGAUCCUAAUAUGCACAGUAGAUCUCCCGUUCCGUCCCCUCCAGUUCUUCCCGAGCCGCCUUUGCCCACUGUUUCUUUUAGUCAUGCACACCCUCCAAGUGAGCGUGCAACAGGAGCCGGUCCUUCUGCUGGAAUGUCUUUGGCCCCUGCACCGCAUUCAUGUGAGUUCUUUUCCCCUUUUUAUUCUCCCACAAUUGUCAGUGAUUGUUAUUUCCAAAAGACUCAUUGUAAUACAUGCAAAGGAAGUAAUACAUUGUCCAAAGGGGUAACUAUUUGGCCCAUACAUACUCGGAGGAGGAUUUUGACGCUUCAUCCAAGUUUUAGUUGUUCUAGUCAUAUUUUCUGCUCCUGUGGAUAA